UGAUAUGAGAAUCUCACCGAAACGAGUUUUAUUCAACAAGUUAUGGCUCUAUACUUUCCUCUUGAACGUGUCCAUAGUCUACUAUUACUAUGCGAAGUUUCCACUCAUGAAGUUCCCUCUUAUCAUGUACCCCAUUACAGCCACCAUGAGCAUAGUAAACCCAAUGUGGCAUUGGUUAGUGCCAGAUGGUUUGAAAAAGGGAUUGAGUUCCAGUUUCAGUUAUUUGCAUUACAUUCCAAAUCUGGCAGUAGGGUACAGAACAAAAUAUGAGGGGAAACUAAUCACAAUGGAGCACGGAUCUUUUUCUAAGAAGAAGACGCAUUGGGUACUGUGGAUAGCGGGAGGGGGAUUCACGUCUUGCAACUCGAGAGACUACGUGCAAGUAUCCCAGCAGAUUCUGGAAAAGCAUCGUGGGCCAAUAUCAAUCUCAAUUCUAUGCUGCACGCCUCCGGGUUCAUUCGACGAGGCCGAUUUAAUUUACCCGAGAAUUCAUCAAACAUGUGCUGAUAGCUUAGAACAGUUCAGUGAUUCGGUGGUUAGUCAGGAUCGGUCGUUUCUGACCAUAGUUGCGGACGACACAGGCGCCUCAUUGUUGAUAUCGAUGCUGCAGUAUUUGAACACGCAGCAAAGAAACAUCCAGUAUGAUAAUAUUUUAUUUGUAGCUCCCAUAUCUCACUUCCAUCAUUUCGAUUUUCCCUCCUCCCCCAAACAGAAGUUUGUAGAACCUGUGCAAUAUUUCGGAUACGAUGACUAUGUUCAAUUUUGGCUCACCUACUUGUUAGGCGAAGCGGAGCCGCAGAUGCAUAAACUGCUCAGGGAAUCUCAACAUAUAUCUGCUGACGUGAGAAAUAACACGCCGCCUUAUUUAGUGUACUGGACUUCGAGGUAUACGUUUUUGAGAAACAAGAAAUUCCGAGAAUCUUUCUACUACGAUCCGAAAGCAAUCAGAACGUUCAAUCGUUUCGUAGUUGACCCUUACCUUAAUCCUUUGUUGUUGCCGGAGAAUCUUUUGGACGCUUUGGUUGAUGUUGAAAAGAUAACGAUAAUUAGUCUGAUGAAUUCUGCGACGAGAGAUGACAGCCUAUUUUUAACAGACUUUCUAGAAUCAAGUUUGACUAGUAAAAAUUAUAAUCCCAGUGUUAAGAUUGAAAAUUAUUUCCUCCAUUCGGGGUUCACGGGCUGCUUGAGAUUCUCAACCUGGUUUAAUUCAUGUCCCGAACUUAUCGGAAAAAUUGCCCAAGUAUUAAAAAAUUGGACAUUAGAGAAACACUUAUAAGGUACCAAGAUUAAAGUUAACAGGCUAACUAAGCUGCGUCAGUGUUUUAGUUAAUAUAUGUUUCUUUUGCAGCAUUUUUUGCACCACAUUCAUAUUUUGUGUAUAUAAUUUAGUGCUUUUCUUGUAAAAAGUGAAAUA